AUGGCUUGUAUGUCUGUGACUUUUUGUUGGAGUUUGGUGAUCUUCUACGUCUUGGUGAAGACCCAGGCAUUACCUACAAACCGUCUUGUCAAUUCGACCUCAACUCCAAUCGGUACCCAGCAUUGCAAUAAUGCAAUGUUGAAAGAAAUAAAGGAACUACUGGAUCAGUUACAAACCGAUAUCAAUAUCCUAAAAGGAAACAAGUCUAAUAACAAUGGUAUGAAUUCCUUUUAAUCUGUAUUCCUAGUCUAGAUUUUUUAUCGAUGUUUAUUGUCUUGCAAACCCUCAGAUAUCAUGGUCCAGAUAGGAAAAUAGCGCUGUAAAGGGUAGGUUUUCUUAGUAGAUUAGUCUGGGACGCAAAUCGGAAUCAAACGAAUUUAGUCUAGAAUAUCAAAUCUUUCAUGGGGAAUCAAUUAAUCAGUUUUCUCUGCACCGUCUCUGGUUCAGUCAUUACCUGAGUCAUGGUGAAUCCUACUAUAAUAUGGUAAGAAUUAGUUUAGGAAUUAAUCUUAGAGUUUUAGUAGCAGAAGGCCACCUCACCACAUCAGAAUUAAUAAAAGAAAACCAGAGAUUUCAAUUGACUACGUACCACGAAAUAAUCAGCUGAAGGAGUCAAUAUGUACAUAAACAAAAUUAGUCUAAACCUAGUUCACUGGUAUAGAGCCAAUUGUAAUGUAAUGCUGUCACCUUGUAUGGCAUUGUAUUGUGUAAACUCAAGGUCCCGGAUUUGCGACCAAGAGGUUGUUAGUGAGCUUGUAAUAAAUGUCAUUUUGAUCAACUCCUGAUUCCUCCUUAAACAGCAACUUUACACUACUGACAGAAAAACGUAAAACGAUUCUUUUUAUCAAGAAGCCCCAUAAUAGACGGUGACUCCUUAAACCUUUAAACCUUAACAUCAAAAUUCAAAUUCUCAUUUGUUAUCCUGAUACGUUUUCAAUAGAAGAAGUAGGGAGAAUUUGUUGGAGUGUCAAUUAGAUUCAUCUUGUGUGAUCAUGUCCUUAAUUGUCAUGACCACUCUGUUUUAUAAAGCAAUGUUAUUACAAGGAGAAAUUUGACGCUGAUCACUCUUAGGGUUAAUAGAGAUUUGCUGUACAAUCAACUCUCAUCAAGACGGAGACCUUUGGAACGGGCACUUAAUACCCGCCCCGGGGGGGAUUCCCUUGUAUAAGCCAUUUUGGUCUGAAAACGGGUAUACACUUUCCUCAUUUUGGUCUGGAAUCGGGUAUGGUUUUCCAGGGAACUACGGGAGUGUGUGAACUUAUUUAUCGUUUCUAUUCCAAAUGAGUACACGAAAGAAAGAGAAAUAUGCGGAUUCGAAAUGGAUUUGAAGAGUUUUUUGUUUGCGCUCUUAUCUAAGUAAUGAUAACAUAAUUUCUGCCUAAAGGCCAGGUCUAAAAAAAGGGGUAUGGAUUUUAGAGGUCUGGUCUGAAAACGGGUGUGAAAGAUUACAUUUUUUUGGUCUGAAAUAGGGUCAGGAUUUGGAGAACCGGGCGGCACACCCUCACCAAGGAUUUUCAGGAGUACCCCCCCGCCCCCCGGGGUACCCGUCUUAGAGAGAUUUUCGUCUAAUAGAAAGUCAAAUAAAGGGAGUAAACAAAGGCAGGGACCAACUCUAGGUGUCCGUUUUAUAGAGGUGUCCCCAAGAGAGUGUCUAUUGUAACAGUAAUCACUUUCUGAACAGGUAAACAGCAGAACUGUGCUGAGCUUUACAAAGCUGGGGAAAGAAUCAGUGGUGUUUAUACAAUCGACCCUGAUGGUCAAGGUGCAUUUGAUGUAUUCUGUGACCAAACAACAACCGGAGGAGGGUGGACAAUGUUCCAAAAGAGACUGGACGGCUCGGUUGAUUUCUACCGCGGCUGGACUGACUACAAGUGGGGGUUUGGUAACCUGAAUGGCGAGUUUUGGCUUGGAUUGGACAAGAUUAACCGCCUGACCAAAUCAAAUAAUAAGCUUCGAGUUGAUCUGGAGGACACUACAGGCAAAACCGCUUACGCUGAAUACGACAUGUUUGCUGUUACAAGCGAGAGGACUAAGUACCAGCUUAGUUUGGGACCUUAUUCAGGUGAACUAAUGACACGUCGCCUCUAAAAAAUUGUCUUCAGUGUUUCAUUAUUAUCGUCAGUUAAUAUUCAUAAUAUGUCUCUAUGGGCUUUCCUUGACUUCGUUAUGGUCCUUAGUUAUCUCUACAGCUUAAAUUCCCCAAAGCGACCUUUCUCUUAUUCUUCAAUACUACACAUUAUAUUCAGAUUUUCUAUUUAAUAUUUAAAAACUUCCUGGUAAAAUUCUCUUGUAUUAUUAAUUCUAGGAACCGCUGGCGACUCUUUUUCUGGGCAUCGUGGCCAGCCAUUUACCACUAAAGACCAAGAUAAUGAUAACAAUGCUGGCAACUGUGCUGUGGCCUACAAAGGAGCCUGGUGGUACACAAACUGCCAUACAUCACAUCUGAAUGGUUUGUACCACCAUGGUUCACAUUCAUCGUAUGCUGAUGGUGUCAACUGGUAUGCAUGGAAAGGACAUUACUACUCUGCAAAGAGAGCUGAGAUGAAAAUCAGACCGGUGAACUUUUAG